ACUCCAGUUAGGCAUUCUAGGUCCAACAUCAGUACUGCGUACAAGGGAAGAUAUCGCCCGACUUCAAAUACAUGAUCCUUGGCUAAUCCUCCAGCCUCUUGGGAACGAAGAUAAUAACCUGUGCCGGAAUUAGCUAGACACAGACACGAAAACAACGUUGUGGAGAUUUACAUAAGACACAUUCGCUGCUGUCGCUUUUCCGAUACAGGUUCCGUCCUCUCGGGUUCGUUGAGGAUGAGGUUCCCGACCAUCAGACGCUGUCCUGGGGAAGGAGAUGGGAAGAAGGAACUCGCUCCACCAUUUAGGAACCCCUUUGUACAUGACUUGAGAUUCACCCCGCUGGAAAAGGCAAAGAUAGCGUUGAUGACGGUGACUCUGUUCCCCAUCCGGUUGUUCCUGGCAGCCUUCAUGAUGCUGCUGGCCUGGCCCUUCGCCUUCAUCGCCUCUGUGGGACGCGACGACAUGGUGGUGGAGCCCCAGUCCUUAUGGAGGAAGUUUGUGGACGUUGCUCUGAGGACCAUCAUGCGGGUCAUGUGGUUUGCAGGAGGCUUCCAUUGGAUGACGGUGAAGGGGCGCCAGGCGCUACCGGCCGAGGCUCCUAUCCUAACCCUGGGACCCCACUCCUCUUACUUCGAUGCUAUCCCUGUCACCAUGACCAUGUCCUCCAUCGUCAUGAAGGCAGAGAGCAAGGACAUCCCUGUCUGGGGCAGUUGCAGGUUUAAGAUCCUGUGGCUCACGCUGUGCCAGCUGCACAAUGAGUUCAUCAUUGAGUUCCUUCCUGUCUACACUCCAUCUGAAGAGGAGAGGAAUAACCCUGCACUGUUUGCUCACAACGUCAGGCGCCUGAUGGCCAAGGCGCUGGACAUCCCCAUUACUGACUACUCGUUUGAAGACUGUCAGCUGGCCAUGGCUGAGGGUCAACUCAGACUCCCUGUUGACACCUGCCUGCUGGAGUUCGCCAAGCUGGUCCGGAGACUGGGGUUGAAGCCCCAGAACGUAGAGAAGGUACUGCAGGAGUUUGGUAACAGAGCCAGGAAGAUGGAGGGAGAGAAGCUGGGUCUGGAAGACUUUGCCCACUACCUUGAUGUCCCUGUGUCAGACAUGCUCAGAGACAUCUUCUCCCUCUUCAACGAGCAGGCAGACAACAUGAUAGACAUCAGAGAAUAUGUCAUCGCCUUAUCGGUUGUAUGCAGACCUGCUAAAACACUGGAGACCAUGAAGCUGGCCUUCAAGAUGUUUGAGGCGGAGGAGGACGGCGCCGUCACAGGGGCUGAGUUGGCCUGCAUCCUGAAGACUGCGUUAGGAGUGGCUGUCCUCGACGUCUCACGUCUCUUCACUGCUAUCGACACAGAGGACGCUGGGAAACUCACCUUCGACAAGUUCAGGAGCUUUGCAGAGCAGCACCCAAACUUCAGUGAGGACUACCUGUCCACAGACAAUACAGACCGUAACGGCUGUCCUCACCAGCCCAACGCCACGCCCAACUCCAAGCCUCAGACCAAUGGCUUCUGCCCUGACUUCAGCCCGCGAGACAACCACCACGACACAACGACGGACGGUUCAGUGAAGAAACACAACUGAGUCUGUUAGCCAUCUCAGAAUCCACCUCUCCUGGUGAGAGAGUGGUGGGGGUGGGGGUUGUUGUUGAUGGGCUAUAUGUAUGGUCAGUCAGACACACACACACACACACACACACACACACACACACACACACACACACACACACACACACACACACACACACACACACACACACAGGAGAAAUGUAACCCUUAUUAACCGUAUCCAUAAUGUUUCUACGGUUCAUUUGAUCUUGAUGAUCUAACGUUGUGGUUUUAGUAGAGUUUUUCUGUAUUUGUUCUGAGGAAGAAACAUGCUUUUCAAUGGCCAAAAGAUGGCUAAUGACGAUUGAGGAGAAAUGAAGCGUGAAACACUUGAAGGGACAACACUUAUUACGUUUCCUCCAUGUUGGGGUUUGGGAGUGGUUGAGAGAAGGGACAACACCCCACAGCCAGUGAAGAGACAACACCCCAGCCAGGGAAGGGACAACACCCCAGCCAGUGAAGGGACAACACCCCAGCCAGUGAAGGGACAACACCCUAGCCAGUGAAGGGACAACACCCCAGCCAGUGAAGGGACAACACCCCAGCCAGUGAAGGGACAACACCCCAGCCAGUGAAGGGACAACACCCUAGCCAGGGAAGGGACAACACCCCAGCCAGGGAAGGGAAAACACCCCAGCCAGUGAAGGGACAACACCCCAGCCAGUGAAGGGAUAACACCCCAGCCAGUGAAGGGACAACACCCCAGCCAGUGAAGGGACAACACCCCAGCCAGUGAAGGGACAACACCCCAGCCAGUGAAGGGACAACACCCCAGCCAGUGAAGGGACAACACCCCAGCCAGUGAAGGGACAACACCCCAGCCAGGGAAGGGACAACACCCCAGCCAGUGAAGGGACAACACCCCAGCCAGGGUAGGGACAACACCCCAGCCAGUGAAGGGACAACACCCUAGCCAGUGAAGGGACAACACCCCAGCCAGUGAAGGGACAACACCCCAGCCAGUGAAGGGACAACACCCCAGCCAGUGAAGGGACAACACCCCAGCCAGUGAAGGGACAACACCCCAGCCAGUGAAGGGACAACACCCCAGCCAGUGAAGGGAACUUUAGUUUUGAGUGAAUUCAGUGUUUCUUUCUUUGUUUAAUCUUCUUCUUUCUAAUGGAAGCGGCCAUUUUAAAAGGCAGGUUUGAGUUUGCAUGGGUGCUUUACUGUCAGUGAGCAGUAAGGAGGGAGUGUGACUGAAUAGAACAGCCUUGAAGCACCAGUGACAUUGUCUGAGGCCACUUUGGCUUUGAUUGAACUUUUGAGGUGCAAUAUGGCUGAUGUACAGAUGUAGGAUCUUAAUUUGAGUCAGUUUGCUACAGCAGGAAAAUAAUCCUGCAGCAAUAGGAAAUGUUGAAUUAUUAUAUGGAUUAUAAUGAAUGGUAAUUGUUGGGCAGGUUAAUACAUCAAAAUAUAAUAUAAGGGAAAAUAAAGUCUUACAUUUCUACGUGGAAAUUACAAACUUCAAAAGCCAUUUUACACCUAAAAUACACUAAACGUUUUAAAUGCAGGAAAGUUCUCCUGAAACAGGGUGAUCAAAUGAAGAUCCUACACCUGUAAGAGGGGUCAGAUUUAAUCUGUGAUAUGGCUGAUAUCAGAGGGGUCAGAUUUAAGGUGUGAUAUGGCUGAUAUCAGAGGGGUCCGAUUUAAGGUGUGAUAUGGCUGAUAGCAGAGGGGUCAGAUUUAAGGUGUGAUAUGGCUGAUAUCAGAGGGGUCAGAUUUAAGGUGUGAUAUGGCUGAUAUCAGAGGGGUCAGAUUUAAGGUGUGAUAUGGCUGAUAUCAGAGGGGUCAGAUUUAAGGUGUGAUAUGGCUGAUAGCAGAGGGGUCAGAUUUAAGGUGUGAUACGGCUGAUAUCAGAGGGGUCAGAUUUAAGGUGUGAUAUGGCUGAUAUCAGAGGGGUCAGAUUUAAGGUGUGAUAUGGCUGAUAGCAGAGGGGUCAGAUUUAAGGUGUGAUAUGUCUGAUAUCAGAGGGGUCAGAUUUAAUGUGUGAUAUGGCUGAUAUCAGAGGGGUCAGAUUUAAGGUGUGAUAUGGCUGAUAUCAGAGGGGUCAGAUUUAAGGUGUGAUAUGGCUGAUAGCAGAGGGGUCAGAUUUAAGGUGUGAUAUGGCUGAUAUCAGAGGGGUCAGAUUUAAGGUGUGAUAUGGCUGAUAUCAGAGGGGUCAGAUUUAAGGUGUGAUAUGGCUGAUAUCAGAGGGGUCAGAUUUAAGGUGUGAUAUGGCUGAUAGCAGAGGGGUCAGAUUUAAUGUGUGAUAUGGCUGAUAGCAGAGGGGUCAGAUUUAAGGUGUGAUAUGGCUGAUAGCAGAGGGGUCAGAUUUAAUGUGUGAUAUGGCUGAUAUCAGAGGGGUCAGAUUUAAGGUGUGAUAUGGCUGAUAUCAGAGGGGUCAGAUUUAAGGUGUGAUAUGGCUGAUAGCAGAGGGGUCAGAUUUAAGGUGUGAUAUGGCUGAUAGCAGAGGGGUCAGAUUUAAGGUGUGAUAUGGCUGAUAGCAGAGGGGUCAGAUUUAAGGUGUGAUAUGGCUGAUAGUAGAGGGGUCAGAUUUAAGGUGUGAUAUGGCUGAUAGUAGAGGGGUCAGAUUUAAGGUGUGAUAUGGCUGAUAGCAGAGAGGUCAGAUUUAAGGUGUGACAUGGCUGAUAUCAGAGGGGUCAGAUUUAAGGUGUGAUAUGGCUGAUAUCAGAGGGGUCAGAUUUAAGGUGUGAUAUGGCUGAUAGCAGAGGGGUCAGAUUUAAGGUGUGAUAUGGCUGAUAGCAGAGGGGUCAGAUUUAAGGUGUGAUUAUGGCUGAUAUCAGAGGGGUCAGAUUUAAGGUGUGAUAUGGCUGAUAUCAGAGGGGUCAGAUUUAAGGUGUGAUAUGGCUGAUAUCAGAGGGGUCAGAUUUAAGGUGUGAUAUGGCUGAUAUCAGAGGGGUCAGAUUUAAGGUGUGAUAUGGCUGAUAGCAGAGGGGUCAGAUUUAAGGUGUGAUAUGGCUGAUAUCAGCUGGGUCAGAUUUAAGGUGUGAUUAUGGCUGAUAUCAAAGGGGUCAGAUUUAAGGUGUGAUAUGGCUGAUAGCAGAAAGAUGGCAGAGAUCCAGAUGCCGGUUGAACUCAAAAUGAGCCGGUCAUGUUUUUGUUUUUUUAAAUCUCAGGGUUCAGUAACGAGACUUAUUCAACUAGAAAGAUGUCCUUGUCGUCGUCUUUCAGGACUAAGUCAAUUUUCUGUGUACAAAAUUGCACCCUAUUCCAAACACAGUGCACUACGUUUGACCAGAGACCUCUAAGUGCCCUAUGUAGGGAACAGGGUGCCAUUGGAGACUGACCCAUGGUGCCUAGAACUAGAGGUGUAUAAGGCUUUAAGGGAAAACAAUAGAACUAGAGGUGUAUAAGGCUUUAAGGGAAAACAGAAUAGAACUAGAGGUGUAUAAGGCUUUAAGGGAAAACAAUAGAACUAGAGGUGUAUAAGGCUUUAAGGGAAAACAAUAGAACUAGAGGUGUAUAAGGCUUUAAGGGAAAACAAUAGAACUAGAGGUGUAUAAAGCUUUAAGGGAAAACAAUAGAACUAGAGGUGUAUAAGACUUUAAGGGAAAACAAUAGAACUAGAGGUGUAUAAAGCUUUAAGGGAAAACAAUAGAACUAGAGGUGUAUAAAGGCUUUAAGGGAAAACAAUAGAACUAGAGGUGUAUAAGGCUUUACGGGAAAUCAUAUUUAUGGUGCAUUUCCUCAACAAUGCAUUUUGUUUUUAGCGUACGGUGGUCAAAAGUUUUAGUUUCUCCAGAGAAACCCAACAACAUGUCCUCAUGCCUUCCAUUGUAAUAGAUCACGUUGAUACAGUAUUACGUUAUCCCACUCUAACCCAAACACGCUCCCAUUUCAAACUGCCUACGUUGUGAUGAGGCUAAACUUACGACUACUUCCUGGCGAGCUAGAUAGAUUAAAUAUGACUUUCAGCAUCACUGCUGUUCACUAUUUAUCCGUAGUUUAUCUCAUGUACAGCGCCUUCGGAAAGUAUUCAGACCCCUUGACUU